UUCCCCCUGUCCUGUGCCUGGAAUUUGCUUCCCCUCCCUUCCAUCCUGCAUCCCAGCAGAGAAGAAAUCCCCUUUCUGCGCUCUAGGUGGCUGUGGGUAGGGGUCCCGGCCCCCGGAGAUCCACGCUCCCUCCCUAGACCUUCCUGACCCAAGGCCAAGAUCCCUCCAAGAUGGGGGUCAGCCGUGGCUGUUUCCUGUGCGUUAAGGUGAAGAUGUUUGUCUUCAACCUUAUCUUCUGGCUGGGUGGUUGUGGGGUGCUCGGCGUGGGAGUCUGGCUGGCUGUCACUCAGGGUCGCUUUGCCACCUUGUCCUUCUCCUUUCCAUCGCUGUCGGCAGCUGGGCUCUUCAUGGCCACCGGAGCCAUCAUCAUGGUGGUGGGUUUCCUUGGAUGCCUGGGGGCCGUCACAGAACAUCGCUGCCUGCUUCUGACAUUCUUCCUGGUUCUGUCCACCCUCUUCCUCCUGGAACUGGUUGGGUUGUUGGUGUUUGUCACCUGCCGGGACAAGUUUGAUGGCUAUGCUCAGGCCAACCUGAAGGAAGGGCUUAAGCUGUACAAGACAGAGGGCAACCUGGGCCUAACCAACGCAUGGGACCUUGUGCAGACGGAGUUUCGUUGUUGCGGGGUGCAGAACUACACAGAUUGGUUUAUGGACAACAGAACGCAGGUGCCAGAAUCGUGUUGCAUGCUGCCCAGCAGCUGUCAAGCAGAGAGCCCGCAGCCGCGGAGUUGGUGGAUGGAGGCCUGUUAUGGGAAGGUGAAAAAAUGGCUGGGGCAGAACAUCUCUGCGAUGGGCAUCUUUGCUGCCUGCAUCAUUGUGGUCCAGGUCUUGGGCAUCGUGUUCUCCAUGCUGAUGUACUGCCAGGUCCGGCGAGCAGAGAAGUAUUAUGACUGAGUUGGGUUUGAAGAUGCUUUCUGUCCCUAGAUCCUCAAAGGGGGUAUGCAGUUUAGAAGACAAGGGCAUUUCUGCAUUCUGUGGAGCCCCCUCCCUCCUUGCCACCUUUUUUAGCCAAGCUGCAGGGCUUCUGUGAAGGCCAAAUCCUCAUCAUAUAUUCAAAUAUAUUUUAUCCUGGGGUGGGGAAGAGAAACCCUUCUUUUCCUUUUGCUGCCUUUUGCUCUUCCUCAUUUAAUCAGGGUUCCAUUUCCUUAUGUCUCAGCUUCUGUGUUCUUCCCAUUUUGUAUCAUAUAGCCCCCCCCUUUCCCUCCAAUCCUGUUGCUUUUGUAUAUAACAGAACUAUAUUGAGGACCAAUAAAACAAUACGAUACCAUCCA